AGAGAAAAAGCCAUUUUCAUAAUUUCAAAACGCCUAACCAAAAGUCAACUCCUCUCUUCCCCUUUCUCUCUCUACCCACCUAUUCCUCUUCCUCUUCUCUUCUCUUCUUCUUCCCUUCGUUCUCUAUGUCUGUCUGAGAAGGGAGAUCAUCUGCCAUGAAAAUUCGUUCAUAGUAUUUCAAUAUCAAAACGCUGAAACUGAAAGCCAAUUAGUUGUUAUCUUUUCUCUGAUGGGAAACGGAUUUGGUAAAUUGACUGGGUGCUUCACCGGCUCACUUGAGCCUCGCCGGCGACAGGAUAUAUCGGUAUUGAAAUCGGACUUGCUCGACGAGGGUCUUGGUCACUCCUUCUGCUAUGUCCGGCCUGACCCAAGUCGACUUUCGUCUUCAAAGGUUCACUCAGAGGAGGCUACUACGUUUCGUACUAUAUCCGGCGCCUCUGUAAGUGCCAAUACUUCGACUCCGCUAUCUACAUCUCUCGUUGAUCCCUAUGCGUGCAACACUUUCGAUCGGGCGGCGGCUUUUGAGAGCUCCAACUCCUUCGCUUCGAUACCGUUACAGCCGAUUCCACGGAAUCUGAUCAAUUCAGGUCCGAUUUCUGCGAACUACGUGGGAGUUCCAGGUUCGUGUCCGCUUGAGAGAGGGUUUAUGUCGGGUCCAAUUGAGAGGGGGUUCAUGUCGGGGCCGUUGGAUCGUGGAUUUUCAGGUCCAUUUGAGAAAAGCUUCUCCGGUCCGUUUCAGAGAAGCUUUUCUCAUGCAGGUAUGGCUUUCAAACCCAGAUCGAGAAAAGGGUCUCUGAUUGGAGUUCUGCAGAGAGCGGUUUCAAAGACGAUAAAUCGCGGGCGUAACUCGAUUGUGACCCCAAUAAAGGGCGGCGUAAAAGAGCCCGAUUGGAUCUGCAGUUCGGACAAACACGACGAGAACUUAACAAUCAGCAGCAUCAAUUUGAGUAGCGAAGGUAGUUUAGAAGAUGAGGAUUCACUGGAGAGUCAAAAUCUGCAAUGGGCUCAAGGGAAAGCAGGGGAGGAUCGCGUCCACGUCGUUGUUUCCGAGGAGCGUGGAUGGGUUUUUGUUGGGAUUUACGAUGGCUUCAACGGCCCUGAUGCGCCUGAUUUUCUACUAUCGAAUCUCUACGCUGCUGUCCGUAAAGAGCUUAAGGGAUUGCUUUGGGACGAUGAUUCCUUUGAGUCCUCUGUAAGCUCCGCUUCUGCCAAGUCUGAAACUACUAACUCUUCUUCAGCUACAGAAGGCGUCGAUGAAGUCAAUUCCUCCAGAAACUGUGAGUCUGAUGCAUGUUCUCGGUGUAUAGAACAAGAGAAUCAUCCGUGCGUGAUCCAAGAUACAAAUUUUACUUCGAAAUCGAGAAGGAAAAGAAGCAAGUAUGGAGGGGCAGCAAAGAAAUGGGAGGAGAAUCAGAGGAGGUGGAAGUGCGAAUGGGACAGGGAGAGACUAAAGCUUGAUAGGAGAUUAAAGGAACAGUUGAAUAAUCAACCUGGGUCCGAUAAAAGAGCAAUCAACCAUGGUGAUGUGUUGAAAGCUCUGUCUCAAGCAUUGAAGAAAACAGAGGACGCUUAUUUUGAUAUAGCAGAUAUGAUGCUAAUGGAAAACCCCGAGCUCGCAUUGAUGGGUUCUUGUGUAUUAGUGAUGUUGAUGAAAGGAGAAGAUGUUUAUGUCAUGAAUGUAGGUGAUAGUCGGGCAGUUUUGGCCAAAAAGGCGGAGCCUGAUUAUUGGAUCCAGGACUUGGGAAGGAUCAAUGAAGAAACCCUGCAUGAUCUUGAUGCGUCUGAUUGCGAACAGACUAAUACAAACCCCAGUUUAACGGCUUUUCAGCUCAGUGUGGAUCAUAGCACCAGUAUAGAAGAGGAAGUUCAGAGAAUAAAAAAUGAACACCGUGAUGAUGCUUUGGCUGUGCUGAAUGACCGUGUAAAGGGAUCGUUAAAGGUCACUCGAGCUUUCGGUGCUGGUUUUCUCAAACAGCCUAAAUGGAACGAUGCACUCCUGGAGAUGUUCAGAAUAGACUACAUUGGCAAUGCUCCAUACAUCACCUGUAUACCAUCUCUCUACCACCAUAGAUUAGGCCCAAAAGAGAGGUUUUUGAUAUUAUCCUCUGACGGGCUUUAUCAAUACUUCACAAAUGAAGAAGCUGUUUACGAAGUCGAACUAUUCAUUGCAUUACAACCCGAAGGAGAUCCAGCACAGCAUCUGAUAGAGGAAGUCCUCUUCCGCGCAGCAAAGAAAGCUGGUAUGGACUUCCAUGAGUUGCUGGAAAUACCACAAGGGGACCGGCGUCGGUACCAUGAUGAUGUUUCCGUCAUUGUUAUUUCUUUAGAGGGACGGAUAUGGAGAUCGUGUGUAUAAAUACAGCAAAAAUAUAUAUAUAAUUUUAAAAAAUCAUGUUCUAUAAAGUCUGCGUCCACCAUUUUUUUGUUGGUUCUUUUUCCUGGUGACCUUUUAGCAUAACAAUGAAGGUUCCAGUGAAGUUUCUGAGGAUGAGCUUUAGUUCAAUGUACAAUGGGUUAUAAAAGGGAGUGUAAAGGUGGUUCAAAUGUUGAUUACAAACUGAGAGGAAAGUGUAGUUUUUCAAUUAAUAAAUGGAAUUCCUUUUGAAAAGGCUUUUGGUUCCUCA